AUGUUUUACCUGUCGGGGGUGUCAGUUGUAGAUUCCGUGGGGUAUCGCGGGGAUUUUCUCGAGGUGGAGCAAUGCCGCGCCAGCCCGAGCCUAGACGCGGACGACGGGGCUAUCAAGUCGGCCUACCGGAAGAUGGCCUUGAAGUGGCACCCCGACAAGAACCCUGACAACAAGGAGGAGGCCGAGGAGAGGUUCCGGGAGGUGGCCGAGGCCUACGAGGUUUUGUCCGACAAGGAGAAGCGCAGGAACUACGACCAGUUCGGCGCGGAGGGCGGCCCCGGCGGCGGCGGCCCCGGCGGCGGCGGCUUCGGCGGCGGCGGCUUCCCGGGAGGCUUCGGCGGCUUCGGCGGCUUCAAGUCUGGAUUCAAGGACCCGCACGACCUCUUCAAGGACAUGUUCCCCGGAGGCGACCCCUGGGCCGACUUCGCAGACUUCUUCUCCGACGCCGCCGCCGGCGGCGCGAGCGAGGAGGAUGCCGCGGAGCAGGAGAUGGCGAUCAAGGAGCUCGAAGAAGCCCUGGUCCAGUUCUACAGGGACGUUGGCCAGCCCGAGAAGGCGAAGCCCGACGAGGUCCGGAGAACGCUGGAGAUGAAGAAGUGGAGAGGCAGUGAGUACAAGAUGUACGACGCCCUGCACAGGAAGUACCAGCAGCGGGAGCACAGGGCUGCCUUGCCGAGGGUCAAGCAGGCCUGCGACAAGCUCAAGAACUUGCACAGCAGAGGAGGCAGCUUCGGCGGCUUCGGGGACUCCGGGGGCGGCUUCGGCGGCUUCGACUUCAAGAAGGUCGCCUCGGGCCCCGCCCGCGUGGAGUUCUGGGGAGCGACAAGGGGCGGCGCGGGGCGGCCGGGCGCUCUUGCAUCGCGGGCGGCGGACGCCGCCAUGGCCCACCGCGCUCGCCUGGGCUACUCGGCGCCCAGGCAGUGGGAAGACAGCGACAGCGCCUAA